AUGGACCUCCUGAUUCUGCUCCUGAUGCUUCUGAUGCUGCCGUUGUUCCAGCCAGUCUCUGGAAAGCUUAGGAGGAAGUGCCCGAUGAAUUUGGAGCACCGGGAUGGAAAAAAUCCACCAAGCUAUUACAGGCCAGGAGACCAUCUCAUUAGCAUGGUCACCACGGCAACAUUAAAAUCAAAUAUAACGUUGCCUUUCAACAUGGCUCCUUCUACUCAGUCUGACUCGUGGGCAGCUUUAGGUAGGUUAUCUCCUGAUAAGUUUAGAAUUGUCCGGUUCAUUUUUGCCAUUCACAUGGCUAACAAGAAUCCACAGCUCCUGCACAAUCUCACACUUGGCUACAACAUCCAUGACAACUCGCUGAGCUCACUUGCCACUUCAGAUGCUUUGCUGGACAUGCUCUCUACUGGAGAAGCCAAUGUCCCCAACUACAGCUGUGGGAAGAAGGACGGUCUUUUGACUCUUCUCGAUGCAGCAAGAAGGGACAUCUCCAUCCAGAUGUCAACUUUAGGAGGCACCUACAAAGUCUCACAGAUCAGUUAUCUAACUGCUUCAGAGGCCCUGAGUGAUAAAAGUCAAUUCCCUUUUUACCACCAGAUGCUCCCCAAAGGAGGGUUCCAGGACUCAGCAAUUGAGAAACAAUGGCCAAAAGAGGAUGCGUUUGAACCCUACUUCUUUGUAGAUGUCCAGUUUGAAGAUCAGUAUUUUCGCUGUUCUUUUUCAAACCGUGUCUCUUCUGUCAAUGACUCUGGCGCAUGCCUUAAUGCUGCAUAUUCCUCCAGAUACAGGAGGAGAAGGAAGGAGGGCGAAGAGAGUUUGGGAGCUCCAAGGCUGCAACCGUGGCAGUUCCAUCCCUUCCUUGAGAAGAAUGAAUUUUGGAAUUUUUCCCACUUUAAACUCUACUUGGACCAAAAUGGAGAUGUAACCGCAGAUCUGGACUUCGGGUGCUUGUUGAUUCUCUCCGAGGAGGAUCCCAUCCAAUUGCAACUUGGGAGCAUUGAAAGACAGAGAGUAAUUAUCAACCAAGAUGGUCUGUCAAGGCUAAAGUCGCUCAACAAGUCUCUGCCUCAGUCCAAAUGUGUGGAAAACUGUCAUCCUGGAUUUGUCAAGAGGGCUCGAGAAGGAGAGCCAGUUUGCUGCUACGACUGCGUUCCUUGUCCAGAGGGGACCUUCUCCACUCAGGAAGAUACAGAAAAAUGCACCAAGUGUCCGGAUGAUAAAUAUCCAAAUGGGGAUCAAGUCCAAUGUAUCCCCAAAUUUAUAACCUUCCUGUCUUAUGAAGAACAUCUGGGCAACAUCCUGGUGUCAUUUGCUCUAUUCUUUUCCCUAACCACAGGCUUUGUCUUACUCACCUUCAUUAAAUACCGGGAAACUCCCCUUGUCAAAGCCAACAACCGGGACCUCUCCUACAUCCUCCUGGUCUCCCUCCUGCUUUGCUUCUUGUCUAAUUUUCUCUUCAUUGGUCAACCAAGGAAAGCCACCUGCCUCCUCCGACAGACGGUUUUCAGCAUCAUCUUCUCAGUGGCCAUUUCUUCUCUCUUGGCCAAAACCAUCACGGUGGUGCUGGCUUUCCUGGCCACAAAACCAGGAAACCGAGUGAAGAGAUGGUUGGGGAAGAGCUUGGCCAACUCCAUCAUCCUUUCUUCUUCUGCUGUCCAAAUUAUCAUCUGCUCCAUCUGGUUGGGAGUUUCUCCCCCAUUCCCUGACUCUGACCUCCACUCCCAGCCUGGAGAGAUUGUCCUGCAAUGCAACGAAGGGGCCGUUGUCAUGUUCUACGUCACCCUCAGCUACAUGGGCUUCCUGGCUGCCAUCUGCUUCACGGUGGCUUUCCUGGCCAGGAACCUGCCUGGGGCCUUCAACGAAGCCAAGCUGAUCACCUUCAGCAUGCUGGUCUUCUGCAGCGUCUGGGUGACUUUUGUGCCCACCUACCUGAGCACCAAAGGGAAAUACAUGGUGGCUGUGCAGGUCUUCUCCAUCUUGGCCUCCAGUGCUGGUCUGCUUGGUUGCGUCUUCAUCCCCAAGUGCUACAUUAUUAUUCUGAGGCCAGACCUGAACACAAAGGAGCAACUAACGACCAGAAGAAAUUAGCUAUGUGAGUCAGAAGUAUUUUGACUGCUAACAGGCCAAACCAAGAAAAUAGUGCGAAAUGAUGAUCAUACGUAUAAAAAAUACAAUCGAUGUUGUAAGCACAAAUAUCCAUAAAUAACAAUCCUCAGGUUACUUUCCCACCCAUCUGCUGUUAGUAUCCUCAAGAGUUAUUGCCUUAAUAAAAAGAAACACAAUCA